AUGGCUGGCUUCCGUUUGAUCGAGCUUGCAAAGCCAUUUUUGCCGUUGCUUCCAGAAGUGGAAUUACCCUAUGAGAAAAUCGGGUUCGAUGAUAAGGUCGUGUACACGAUCAUAGCCGCUCUCAUCUACGUGUUCGGCCAGUUCCCACUGGUGGGGAUGGCCAAGGCCCCUGUGGAAGAAGUGAGCUCUCCGGUGUUGGAUCCGAUUUACUUUUUGCGUGGGGCUUUCGCCGCGGAACCAAAAACGCUCUUGGAAUUCGGAAUCUUCCCAGUAGUGUCUUCUGCGUUGGUCAUGCAGGUCUUGGCGGGGCUCAAACUUGUCAAGGUCAACUUCAAGGUGCGUCAGGAUCGUGAGCUGUUCCAGAGUUGCACCAAACUGUUCUCGAUUCUUCAAUACUUUGUUCUUGCCAACGUCUUCAUUUUUUCUGGCUACUAUGGUUCUGACCUAACCGUGUUCCAAAUCGCGUUGCUAAAUGUGCAGCUGGUUCUGGCAGGUUUCUUUGUGACCCUUCUAGUGGAGGUUAUCGACAAAGGGUAUGGUUUUACCUCCGGCUCUAUGGCCAUCACCGCUGUGACUAUCGCCACUAACUUCGUGGGCGACGUCUUUGGUGUUAACCAGCUUCCAGUCGACAGCGAGGGCCACACUGAAGCCCAGGGUGCUGUCAUCAAUUUGUUGCAAUCCAUGCGGUCUUCUCACAAGUCGUUUCUUGGCGGCAUUGUGGGAGCGUUCAACCGUGAUUACUUGCCAAACUUGACGACUACCCUUUUGGUUGUUGUCUUGGCUGCCGCAGUGUGUCUUCUCAACAAUUUCCGCGUCGAGCUAGCCAUCAGAUCCACCAGAACUCGUGGUGUUAACAAUGUUUACCCCAUCCGUCUCCUCUACAUUGGUGGCUUGUCUGUUUUGUUUUCGUAUGUCAUUUUGUUCUACAUUCACAUUGCUGCCUUUGUGUUGGUUCAACUCGUCGCUGGUAACGAUCCCUCUUCCGUCAUUUACAAGAUUGUCGGCGGGUAUGCUUCCUCCAACAAUCUGUUGUAUGUCCCACAAUUCCCAUUGUCUCUAUUGACUCCUCCCAAGUCUGUCUGGGACUGUGUCACAAGACAGCCAUUGACACCAAUGACUUUCACGACUUUCUUGGUCCUCACUGGUGCUUGGUUUGCCAACCUAUGGCAACGCAUCAGCGGUUCCUCAGCCCGUGACAUUAGUGCUCAAUUCAAAGAACAAGGUAUCACUUUGACUGGACACAGGGAGCAAGGCAUUUCUAAGGAAUUGGAAAAGAUCGUUCCAGUCGCUUCCACCACAGGUGCCGCUGUUUUGGCUGUUCUUGUGGCCGUUGGUGAGCUCCUGGGCUUGAAGGGCAAAGGUGCUAGCAUCAUUUUGGGUGUCAGCUGUGGUUUCUCCCUACUGGAGCUCAUCACCGUGGAAUACCAACAAAGCGGUGGCCAGAGUGCCUUAACCCAAGUGUUGGGCGUUUCUGGUGCUUAG